AUGAUCCCGGCAGCCCAGCUCGAGCGCCAGCUUUCUUUCGCCGAGGAGUCCUUGGAUGAAGUCUCCGCAAGCAUCCGCGAAGAGGAGCCGCAGUUGGAUUGGCUGGAAGACUUCUGGAAUCGCGUGCUGGUGGGAGCGCCCACUGCCGAGUGCAGGGGCCUCUCCACACGUUCCAUCGGCUACUGGAUUGGCAUCUUCAACCGCUGGCAAGCCUUGGGAUCAUGGAAGCCCGGGAAUGCACCCCAGUUCCUGGACGCCUACCAGCUGCAAGAGUUGCUCGCCAUCCCCAUGCAGAAAACACUGGACUGGGUCAAGCUUUUCGAUCCCCCGGCCUAUGCCCAGCUGCAGGCCACCAGGUCUGCCAUGGAUCACAAGAAAGUGAAGAUCUUGGUUCCGGCAUUCCUGACUUGUGGCAUCUUCCUCUCGACCACGAUCUCCAAGAAGCAGAAGAUUCGAUUCCUGCUGGGGAUGUUUGAUGAAGACGACAGCCAGACCAUUGAAUGCCCUGAGUUUGUGGAGAUGAUCUCCUCGUUUUUCUACGGCAUCGCCUGCGCUUUCGGCUUGCUGGACUACCCGCAUGUCGUUCCGAAGCCAACCCUGCGGCAACAGUUCGGGAAGCACCUCUUCGAGCGACUCCUGAUGAGCACCUGCUGCAAGCUAUCUUUCUGGGAGGCCAAGAAGAUCACAUCAACUGGCUCCGUACCCUUCUGGAUGGUUGAAGAGUGGUUGCUGGGUCACGGGGGUGACCCCCUCUUCGCUCCCUUUGCGAUGUUCUUGGAGCGAUUUUCGGUCCGCGGCUUUGAGGAGGAUCCGGAGUUCUUCGAGGAUGAGGGGAGGAAGUUCAAGCUGUGCCACACCAGCCCCGUGGAGCCCCCCUUGGACACCGCGGCCUCCUUGGACUCGAGCUUCCUCCGCCGUGACCAGAUCGGCGUCGUGCGCGACGUCUUCAACGAGUGCCAGAAGCAGCUGGACUUCUCACACACGCACGCGGACAUCGAGCGCGCGCUGGGCACAGCCAUCGCUCCGGACCUGUGGUGCAACCACCUUGCACGAGGCCUAGAAGAGAUGGAGCAGUCGCGACAGUUUGGCCACAAACCCACCAUGGCCCUGUUCCUCAAGAAGAUCUGCCCCAAUGCAAAGCCUCGGCACCUUCGGAUGUUCCACACCUGGAUGAAGGAGUUGGACUUCAUCGAGGAGAUGAAGGUGCAAUCUGCAAGCUCCCGUCAGAUGCAGCAACGGUUCGAGCGUUUCAUCGCCCGGCCAGUCUUACCAGCACAGGUUCGGCAGGAGCUGUCGGAAGAGUAUGCCAAUCUUGAAAGUGGUGGCGGCCGGGAGGCACGAGAGAUGCCCGACGCGUUGCGGAAGAGGUUUUUCGAAAGGGGCUCCGGCGUGAGCAAGGACGACUACAUCGCCGCGAUGUGCCCACACGACUUCCGCCCCAAGGAAGGCAAUCCGGCCAUCGAUCAGGUGGUCGGCCAGCUGCUGCGCAUGCACGUGGUGCGAGUCGAGGAGAGCCUCGACCAAAAGGAGGCUCUUUUCGAGACUUGGUAG